UAUCCAAAUCUGCGAAUUUUACUAAAGUAUCUAGAUAACACAGACUAGUAUUCAAAACAUCACAAACUAGUAUCAAGAUACCAACUAAUAUCCACAAUCAACCAACUAGUAUUCAAUAUGGAUACUCUUAUAGGUUAUAUGGAUACUCUUAUGUGUUAUCUGGAUACUAAUUAUUUGUUGUUUGGAUACUAUUUUGGGUUGUCUAGAUAUUAGUUUGUGAAUUUUGGAUAAUAGUUGAUUCAUGGUGGAUAUCAGUUAGCAAACUUUGAAUACUAGUCUGUGCUCUCUAGAUACUUUAGUACUUGGAUAUUAGUUCAUGCAAUCAACACUCAUCAGAGGGAUUAAAAUAUAAUACAUUUACAAGUUUGUGUAGAAAGAAAGCACGAGGUUUAUCUGCCCAGCUUUUUUGGUUGUAAACUACAUUCAUUACUUAUGUUACAAAUGAAACUAUUUCCGAUAUACACAACCUAAUAAUCAUGAGCCUUUGAUUGAGAAAAGAGUUCAGAUUUUGCUUCAAUUCCAUGUGUGUUGAGCCGAAUCUGAAACGAUGAAGUACCUUUUUUGGGAGUACCCAAUUGAAGUGGUUCUCUGAACUCAUUCGGGAUUGGAGCCUCUGGGGCAUGGUUUGCCUCGUCAUACAUUUCCUCUUUUUCUUAAAAUGUGCUUGCUUAGAAUGAUCCAGUCGGCUCAGAUUAUGGAUAUGGUGGCACUUCUGUGGCGGAUUUGGAAAUCUAAAAACUGGGCUGCCUUUGAGAGCAAGCAGUUCUUGAUUCCUCAACUGAUGCGCCAAUACCAUCAGCAACUCUAUGAAUGGGUGUCCUUACCAAAGGACAGGUUGGUCCGGGAUCGGCUUCCUUUGCAGCACAAUCUGGAGAUGGUGGAUUUGACUUCUGUCGUUUGUAUGUGGGAUGGGGGGGUUCAUGUCGACUCACAUUCAGGGGGGGGGGGGGGGGGGGGGGGGGGGGGGGCUGAUCGUAAAGGAUGGAGGAGGGUCUAUGUUCUUAGCCAGAGGAAUGGUGUUUGAAAACAUUGUUGACCCUCUUGUGGUGGAGACUAUUGUCCUCCGUGAAGCUAUUCAGUGGUGUCAAAAUCUUGGCAUCCCUCAAGUUCGCUUUGAAGGCGAUGCGAAGGUGCUCAUUGAUAAGAUUAAUGACAGGAAUGCGCAAGACAGUCGUGUUGGGGCUAUUAUCCAGGAGAUUAUGUGUCUGUUGGCCCUGAGUAGUGGUUUUCGGGUUCGAUUCGUGGGUCGGAUUAGCAAUAGAGUAGCUCAUUCAGUGGCUAGGAAGGCUCUUUCUUUGUCUCCGGCUGCAUGUCGCAUGUAUGAUUUUCGUGCCUAGGUUGGUUCCAGGGUGUAGUUCGUGAUCUUUUUAUCAAUCAAUAUGAUUAUCUUUU